GGAGCUGGCACAUUUUGUGGUCUUUGCUAUUUCACUGUAAUAAAAUUUAUCUCCCUUUUCUUGAAUGAAAUAACUUUUGAUCCAAUAAACAUAUUAAAGAGGGUAAUAUAUCGCAGAUAAUAUACAUAGCAAAAUGAGCGCGUGUACAGUGGAAGUCGUGAAAAUACUAGGAAAAUAUCUCAACGUCCCGGUUGGGACUGCUUGUUACAGUACGGAAAAGGUAUUGACUGCGGUAAUUAACAAGCAAAGUGUAGAAGGCUUUGCUACGAUAAUUAUGCGUUUAGCGUCACAAAGCGGUGUACAAAUGACGCAAGAACAAACCUUGCUGAGCUACCAGUGGCUAGAACACAUCUCUAUGUACGCCAACCAGGCGGCAACUAACCCGGCAUUUGCUAAGAGUUUCCUACAAGAUAUAAAUAAAGCCUUGCAGAGAAACACAUACCUAACAGGACAAUCAUUGACUAUAGCAGAUGUGGCUGCCUACCAUGUUUUAUAUCCUUUACUGGAGCGCCUAUCCAUCUCUGAAAGAGAGUCAUUGCUGCACCUCUGCAGAUGGUCAAAGCACGUCCAGGCCCAACCAAAAGUGUGUGUCAACCGGCCUCCUUUACCAUUAAACACCCUAACCCUCACUACAUUAGCUCCAGCCGUGCAUUAAAGUGUUACCGGGGCGCCUUUGAACAUGGACGGGCUCCCGGACCCAGUACUUCCACAUCAAAUUAGAAAUAUGACGAAAUUGAAUUCCUCCUUCUUAUAUUUCCCAAAUCCAUUCUCGUACCCACGCUACCCGGUUAUAGUGUACGCGUAAAUUAAAUAAAGGCUUCGUCACACAGGCGCGUUUUCAAGGCGGGGCGUGAGCGGGGCGCGCCGCUUUUAGAUAUAAAACGUUCACACCCGCCCGGAAAACGCGCCUGUGUGACGGAACAUUAAAAAACAAUUGAGGUUCAGAAUUUAUUCUGAUUUGCAUCUAUGUCUACUGGUGACUUACAUAAGUACCUAUAUUUGAAAAAAAAAACAUGUCUAAGAUACAUAUUACAUAGUAAAUAUAUACUUAAUAAUAUAAUAAUAAAUAUUAAAACAACUUUAUUGCACUCAACAAAAUAAAAACAUACCUACAGAAAACUAAUUGGAGUCUACGUAAGUAGGUAACAGGCGGACUAAUCGCUAAACAGUGUUCUCUCCGAGACAACCUUUUUAGAUAGCGAAACUUUAAAAAGUGACACAAACAUAUCAAAUUAGCACAGUGAUAAUUUUAUACGCACAUUCAGC